CAUCCGAGCGUCAUCGUGUACUGUCUACACAGAGACGUGCAAAUAGGCCGCCGCAGUCCCGUCCAGCGCACGCACGGCACCCCGCGUCCCCGCGACCCCGCGCCCAUCCAGACCCUCCCCGCCGAGCUCCUCGAGCACGUCCUCCUCCUCGCCGCCCCCGCGUCCCCCGCCGCCCCCGCCGCCCUCGCGCGCACCUGCCGCGCCUUCGCCGCCCUCGUCUACGCCGCCCCCGACCAGCACCUCUGGCGCGCGCUCUUCCUCCGCGCGUGGGACGACCCGCGCGGCACAUGGGGCGACCUGUGCGCGCUGCCAGGCCCGGGCGUCGUCGGGAGCCGGGACGCCGCGGGUGCGGGCAUCGACUGGGGGCGCGAGUACCGGCGGCGUGUCGCGGCGCAGCGCUGGUUCGCGUCCGCGCGGGCGGAUGGGGCAGGGACAGGACCGAUGGGCGCGCGCGACGUCGCGCGGGAGCAAGACCAGGACCGUACCCUCUGCGCACUCUUCCUGCGGACACCGCCACAAACAUCCUCGUCGUGCGGCUUCACCGUCAAGCUCGUCUCCGAGCCAUUUGCCCAGCACGCCAACGCCUGCUCUGUCAAUGCGCCCCCGCACGCCAGCGAGUGGGCGCUCAGCGGCCUCAGCCGCACCCCCAGCACAUAUGGCUUCCGAUACCCGCCCAUAAACCACCCCGCCUCGCCGCGCUCGCUCCACGACUGCCGCGCUGCCCCCGACCGCGCCUACAUGCAGCCAGCGCUGUGCUUCAGAGCAGCGAUGGGGACGCCAAUCGUCGGCAUCCGUCAAACUGCGCCGGGCGCACACCUCAACGGCGAGGGACCUAGCUCACGGCCCGGCCACGAUCACCCACCGGGUCCUGUGUCAUUGGACGAGUCCGUCAUGGCGCGCGAGACCCAAACACCUACACAUCGCACAUUGUGGGGAACGGUCUACUGCACGCCUACAGUGGUGUACAUGCACUGCGCGAUCACAACGCAUCAGUACGCCUGGUGCAAAUACCCGGCUUGGCGGUCGCGACGGUGCGGAAAGGCGUGGAAUCCGCUGAAGGAAUGUUCGGAUGAACCGCCGUCUUACGGCAGAGCGCUGUAUCUGCGCGGUGAAACCAGCGGGAGCUGCCAUAUGGUGGCGGUUAUGUUCCACAUUGGGCUAUUCUUCAUGUCGGGCGAGAACCAUCUGCAGCCACUGUCACGGCCAUGGCAGCUGUACAAAACACGCUAUCGACGACUCAAAGGUGCAUUGCGUGAUGAAGAUCUCCGAUGGCCAACUGAUAUUGCCCGCACAAACCUGAGCAAGAUCGGGGGAUGCGACAUCCUCGACAACCUGCUUACAAAGUGGCAAACAGGCAAAAUGCGGUUUGAGCUUCUGGAUCCGGCAAGGAGACCUGUCAGGCUCGAGCUUCGGCAACACACAAGGAGUGAUGCCGGGCACUCGCAUGUGUUUGCUGACAAGAGGGAGCCGAUGAAGCGGAAGCGACGGGGUCACAAGGUCCCGAAAAGCGCACUGAUCAUCGAAAACUCUGAUGUCGGCUCGGAUGCAGAUGCCACUGCCGGUGGGAAUAUCGAGAGCAGGACAGAGUCAGCUGAUGAGGAUGAGAGCCGGAUUUGCAAACAGCGCAGGCUGGAUCUCAGCAAUGAUGGUGACCAAUAUGGCAACUCAUCAGCUCCGGAAACAAUCGAGGAUUUCUCAUCUGAUGCCCGGUCACUUGCCGAGACAAUCGAGGAUGCCGAUGACUGGGACAUUCUGAUAUUACCUAUUGCGACGUUGCGAGGCAUCCAGAACUGUGUAGCGCACCCAGUGUUUGAUUUGCACUUUGAGCAACAAACAAGGUUAAUAGGCAUUCCAGCGUCUGCGCAGGUUCAACAAAAUGCCGCAUCCCUUCAGCGCUCACUCCAUCAACUCGUCCUUGCGCUAGAUGCACUGAAGGACGAGGUCGCCUGCCUGCUCCUUGCCAAGCCGCAUUCCACCGUCCGCAGGUACAUCGAGCUCGCGAUCGAACACUGCGCAGAGGUCCGCAUCUUCCUUCUGUUUGACAUCCUGCUGCACAGGGAGGAUGUUCCUUUCGACAACAUUGAUGCCUGCAUGCAGCAGCACCCUGCGCUCAUGUACUCGGUGCUCAAGCACUACCUGCCCGCGGGCCUGGUAUGCCUCCCGGACGUGAUGGCGCCCCUCGCCACGUUCAUCAUGCAUAACGGGAUCCCCUCGGCUACCCACUUCAGGAUCGCGGCCCUCGCAGCCCUCGAGCGGCUCACAGAGGACCUCGCGCACAUCGACCUCGCAGCAUUCUUCGGCCUCCUGUGGAGCGUCGUGCUGGCCGACGCGGGCAAGGCCAAGGCAGAUGCAGACGCAGGUGCGGAUGUGCCCAUACCCAUGCCCGCGCCCUUGUACGCCGCGCAGCUCACACACAUCAUGGCGCAUGGACGCAUGGAUGCGCCGACGCUGAUCCAACUCCACUUAUAG